AUGUCCCUUAAACUUGCCUUUUUCGUCGGUCUAGUUGGUUUGGCCGCGUGCCAAAACGCUACUCGAGCUCCUGGAUCUUACUGUAAAGGACAAUCAAGAAGCGAAUGUUUCAUGGGCUCAUGCCCCAGCGGUUUCGAAUGUAUCGGAAAUCAGUGUUGCUCGGAAGCGGAUGUUGUUCAACCAGGAGGCGAUUGUACUGACUACUUGAGUGACUGCUCAAAUGUUGAAUGCAAUUCAAUUGGAAUGCAAGACUUUGCACGAGCCAAUUGCGCAAGAACUUGCAAUAUGUGCUACAGUUCAGCCUCUGUCAGUCCACAAUACGCUUGCACCGACCUUCUGACUGACUGUGCCAACCGCAUGUCUUCAUGCCAAGACAUCGACUUUGUUGACAUGAUGGCUCUAUACUGUCCGCGUACUUGCAAUCUCUGCCUCUGGCAGGCAGCCACAAAGAUCCCAAACUGUGGAAACCAACUUCCAGAUUGCGCGACUCGUGGAAACUUCUGCUCUGCAACCAGCGUUUCUCUGUAUCAGAAACGUGUUGGAUGCGGAAACACUUGUGGUUUGUGCUCUUCGGCGCCAAGCACACCAGCCACUGUUCAACUGUCAACAAAUAGCAAUGGGUUCCUCUUUUUUGGACGCAAAUGA